UAAUGUUCCAAUUGUCUGUCGUUCAUUUUUCCUCAGUGCUGACAUCCGCUCAUCUGGAACCUAUAACCCAUGCACGUGGGAAUCCAAGCAUGAUGCAAUGAUGAAGCCUUAAACAAGACAGGGCUGUGAAUCAUAAGGUGAAGGCUUCUCAAGCGUCAGGUAGGUGAGGAACUUUGGCCACCUGGAGCCUAAGGUGAGGCCGCCUGGAAGGUGAGAGGUGAAUUCGCCUCGAAAGUGAGGUCAGCUCGCUUGGAAAGUGAGGUUGCACGCCUGGAAAUUGAGGUUUCCGGUGAGUACUACAUAGUCUCCCCGGCUUGGCGCCUUCUUUUGAAAAUUACUUAUUUACUUACUCCUUUGGAAAGUAAGUUGAUAUCCUCUUGAAGAAAAAUAAGGAGGUUGCCUUAGCUCUAAGAAGCUGGCAAUAAUGGCCCUGGUACUCUCCACCUGAGGUGAUGAUCAUCAGGUGUAAGCAUGCUGCUGCCUCUCUGAUGGCCACAGUGCCACCCUACCCGCCCAUACGCCCGCACGCCCACACUAGGGAAGGCUGAGUCACCCUGCUCCUCAUUUAUUACUACCGACUGCCCUCCGCGCCCACAUGAGGGAGAGGUGAGGGCAGGCGGGCGGUGGAGGCGAGGGCGUGAUGGUGGUAUGAUCCCGAGGGCGUGGGCGUUGAUGGUGGUGCUGGCUGCCGCAUGGCAGGCCCCGGAAGCCGCAGCCGCAGCCAAGACUCGUCUCGUCAGCACCAAGUACGGCCAGGUCCAGGGGCUCAUUAGGCACCUCGGCCACCUACUGGGAGACGUGGAAGUGUUUAUGGGCGUCCCCUACGCCAGUCCCCCCGUAGAGGAGGGGCGCUUUACCCCCACUAACACCCCGACGCCCUGGGAUGGGGUGCUAGACGCCACCACCCCGCCCCCUGUGUGCCCGCAGCUCCUGCCCGACCCGGACGAGGCCCACAUGCCCCGUGCCCGGGCCGAGUUUAUCCGACAAGUAACACCCGCCCUCACCAACCAGAGCGAAGACUGCCUAACUGUCAACAUCUACACCCCCAUCAUGGUGAUCCCUGGGUCAGAGGUCUACCCAGUGUUGGUCUACCUGCACGGGGAGAGCUUCAGCUGGGGCGCCGGCUCCCUGUACGACGGCUCCGUCCUCGCCGCCUACGGCAGGGUGGUCGUUCUCACCCUCAACUACCGUCUUGGCCCUCUUGGGUUCCUCAACACCUACGGGGGCGGAGCAGGAGGCGUCGUCAGUAACUUUGCCCUGCUGGACCAGAUCGCAGCUCUCAACUGGGUCGGGGAGAACAUCAAGCAAUUUAACGGAGACCCCACGAGAGUGACGCUCUUCGGGAGGGACACCGGCGCGGCUUGUGUCUCCUACCUCAUGGAGAGUCCCAUCGUGCCUCCAGGACUGUUCCACCGCGUGGUGCUGGUGUCCGGUUGGUCAGGGUGCUCAUGGUCCAGGGUGACGGCACCCCUGAGCGUCACCCUGCGUCUGGCCAUGGCUGCAGGGUGUCCCGUGCCAGACGACCCUGCCGCCGCGCACCCGCGCACGGUGUCGUGUCUCCGCGCGGCGCCGCUGGAGGCGCUCAUGCAGGCAGCGCGGCAGGUGGUGUCUCCAGCCUUCAUGCCGGCGUGGGGCCCUAGUGAGGAUGGCGUGGUGGUGGCAGGGGCGCGGCGUGGGGCGUCGCUGGGGAGGCAACACAUCCAGGUCAUGAUAGGCUUCACCCCGUGGGAGGCGUGGGCGUGGCUCGGGGAAUCUCUGGUCACUAAGGGAGUGGAUAAUAUGACGUUCGAGCGCGUGGCGAGGACUUGGGUCCGAAACACUCGCCAUCACCACCUGCGGGAGGUGCUGGCGGCGGCGCUGCAGGAGUACACGGACUGGACGGCGGUGAAGCAGAGUCCAGACGUGCGCAGGAACCUAUUGUUUCACCUGUUGGGGGACGCUGGCGUGGUGGCGCCGCUCCACCAGGCGGCAGACGCCCUGGCUCACCAUACCAAGGUCUUCAUGUUCCUCUGUGACCUUGCCAACAGGGUCCCGGGACAGAUCCAGGCGCCAGGCUGGGAGCUUGGAUUGGUCUGGGGAACUGGCCUCAGUGACGUUACCAGCUCACCUGGGGCUCCGUCCCCUCCCAUCAGACCUCCAGCGCUGACGCAGCUCUCAGAAGACGUCAUCAGCCUUCUCACAAAUUUCGCCAAGUCGGGAGACCCCAACCUGCCGAGAGAGUCGCCCUCGCCGGGAUUCGCAGCUGUAGCUUGGCCUCGCUACAUGCCUGAUACGCGGCAGUACCUUAGGAUCGGAGUGCCACCGACGGUUGGGUCUCAGUACCGCGCCCACCAGCUGGCACUGUGGUCGUGGCUGGUCCCGGAGCUAGAGGCUGCAGGAAAAACCUACCCUCCGGACCCCAACUCCUGGGAGGUGAGCGUCGACCCCAACCUCUUCUACGGCGUCGUCAAGCCUCCGGACCCCUGGUACUUCCUGCAUCCCAACACCACCACCGCCGCUCCGAGGGUCACCACCACCACCACGGCCGCCACGCCCUCGCCCAAGCCCACCACACCCAGGGUCACCACUACUCUGGCAGUCUCACCCACAAUCGCAAGUAGUGCACCCAAGAUGCCGGUGACGGACUCGAACGAGUAUGUUCGCUACUCCACCGCCUUACUGGUGACGGUGGGCCUCGGAGUCUCCCUGCUGCUCCUCAAUGGACUCAUAUUCCUCCUGCUCUUCUGGCGGCGGCCGACUCAUCAUCCUACCUGCCAAGGACACCACCACCACUCUCAGGUAACCAAAUUCACAAUCACACAGACUCCCAAAUAUACAAGUGAACAGACUUCCAUACUUACAGGGGAACAGACUCCCAUACACACAGAUGAACAGAAUUCCAAACAUAUAGGUGAACCAACUCCCAAACACAAAGGUGAACAGAAUUCCAAACAUAUAGGUGAACCAACUCCCAAACACAAAGGUGAACAGACUCUCAAACACACAAGUGAACAGACUUCUGCCUUGCAGCACCAUAUACCACCAGAAAUAGUUCAGCUGUGUUCCACUUCCCUCACCAACAAUUGA